AUGGCCCCAAACCGAUUUAAAUUCCGCCGAGCCGAACCCUGCGGGGCUCCGCGGCAGCGCGGCACCCGAGCCUCCCGCAGGCCGGGGCCGCCGGGGCGAGGAGCGGAGCCCCGGGGGAGCGGCGGCCCCGCCGCCCGUGGAGAGCCCCGCGCCGGCCCCGGCCCCGCGGGCACCGGCGCCCACUCACCUGGAGCGCACUGCGGCUCCGCGCCCGCGGCGGGCUCCGGGCGAGGGCGGCUCCCGCUGCCGCUGCGGAGCCGGGCGACGGCCGCAGUCACCCCGUCCUUGCGGCACGCGGCUCCCGCCGGUGGCGGCGGCGCCUCCGCGCCCACGGCGGGGCCAGCGCCUCCCGCGCAGGGGCGCCCGCGCCGCCCCCCGCCCCCCGCGCCGCCUCAGCGGCGGGGCUGCGCCCCCCGCCCCUUCGCCAGCCCCCGCCUCCGCGACAGCAUCUUCCCCGCGAUCGGGCACGGCCGUGGAUGGCGGAGGGCCCAAGGUGACGACGCCGUUCCACGGGAACUGAUGCGACGCACGGGACGGCGAACAAGAAGGACCCCGGCAGAGAGGCGUACCCGGCGCCGCCUGUCGGCACCCACUGGGCUGCCGCACGCCCGCGGCGCCACUGAGCCCAAAGCCCGUCCGAGGUCGCAGCGUUGCCGACUGCGCCAUGCCGGCCCGCCCACCCGGUUGCGUCACGGGCCCGGCCCGCCCACCCGAUGCGUCAUCGCCCCGCCCACCCACCUGGGGGUGUCAUUGCCCCGGCCCACCCACCGUACGCGUCACCGCUAUGGCCGGCCCUCCCCGCCCCCACCGCGCGCCAUCGCCCUGCCGCGUCGGCCCACUCCUUCACAUAAUCGCGCCUGCUUGUCCGCCUGGAUGCUGGGCCUCGGCCGCGCCUCCCCGGUGCCGCCGCGUCGUCAGUACGACCCGACUUCACAUCUCAAUUUAAGGACCCGCCGCGGGGGCCCGCCGCUCCGCACAAUUGAUCCAUUUCGCUCCCCCCCGUAG